AUGAGGAAUUUAAUGAGUAUAACAUAAGAUAACAAUUGUAAACAGUAUCCCAGAUUACUUGCUAAUGAUGGUUCAGAAAAUUAGAGAGUUAAGUUCUAGAAAAUUGAAAUUUAAGAUAAGUUUCAUAGAAAAGUAGAAACUAGUUUUGUUUUAAAGAGUUUACAUAAAACAAAUAAUGAAAUACAUAGUUUUAGAUUAAUCAAAAUAAUUGAUACUCCAUUUAGAUAAAGAAGAAAAAGUGAGUGUGAUGGAGUAAUUUCUGAAAAAAUUGUAUUUUUUUAAGUUAUGGCAAGCAAAACAUAGAUAUGAAGUACCCAAAAACAAUAAUUGAGUAACAUCAAUUUCUAGAUAGAGUUAAAGACUUACGUAGAAGAGCAAUAAAGGGAAGAAUGAAGACUAAAUUUUAGAAAUCUUUCAAGAAAAUAGAUACAACAAAACCUAGUUAAUUUAAUCCAUAAAAUUAACAUACUAUGUCAACUCGUGAUUCUAUUUUUGGAAGUUUCUAAGACAUUAAAGUAUACAGAACUUUUGCCAAAGAUCGUACUUACUAUUAACGAACAUUGGAGAAAAAAGGAUCUGAUUUAAUGUCUGAUUCCCCUAGUACACCUAGUAUUCAUAUUCGUAGAGUAACAUAGAAAUUAGGAUUCGCAUAAAAAUAAUAAUAAUUUGUACUCCUUUAAUUGAACAAGUACAGUCCCAAAAUAUUUGAAUAAUUAAAGAAAGAUCCCAUAUUAAAAAUUCUUUCAGAAACUAAAGAAAUUUAGUCUUAAACUCCACCUGUUCCUUAAACUGCUGCCUCAAUAAUCUAACAUAAAUUUUAACCUUACUUUUGUAAUCAUAAGACAAUGAAUCUAAGAAAAUCUUGUUUUGCAUCUUCUUUUUAAAGAGUUAAGACAUUAAUCUGA